CGAUGACUAUCUGGCAUGCGCGCAUCCUCGGUCCAUGACGAACCGUUUAUGCGUCAUAGAAGACCAGCAUGGACCAUAGCAGCCGCCGACACCGACGAUAAUGAUGGACAAAUACAUUGACACCAGAAAGUUCUUUGUCUUGAUCCGUACAGAAGGACAACGUAAACGCCGCCUGCUACGUGGGCUGCACUCUUCCCCUCUACCAUGGCCUCGAUAUAUGGGUUUGUACAGCGACUGUACAAGGCGAGUGUCCCACCGCGAUGUGCAAAGAGCACCGACAGCCCGAUGAUUCGCUUUGGUAUCCUUGGCGCAGCGAAUAUUGCCCCUGCAGCGCUCCUCAAGCCAGUGCUUAGCCACCCAGAGGCGGUUGUCUACGCCGUCGCGGCGCGCAGCCUCGAGAAGGCGCAGGCCUUUGCGAGGAAACAUAGUAUUGAGAAGGCGUACGGUGGGCCGACGGCGUACCAAGAGCUCCUAGACGACCCCAACGUGGACGCGAUCUACAAUCCGCUCCCCAACGGCCUGCAUUAUGAAUGGACCAUGAAAGCUCUGCAUGCGGGAAAGCACGUCCUACUGGAGAAGCCCAGCUCCGAUACAGCAGAUGAGACGCGCGAGAUGUUCGAAUAUGCAAAGUCGAAAGGGCUUGUGCUGCUCGAAGCUUUCCACUACCGGUUUCAUCCUGCGAUACAUCGAGUCAAGGCCAUACUCGACAACGGCGAGCUUGGGGCAAUCAAGCAUGUCGAGGUCACGAUGAAGCUGCCGAAAGGGUUCGCUGCCGAUGACGAUAUUCGCUUCAACUACGAGCUCGGCGGGGGUAUCAUGAUGGACAUGGGCUGCUACACCGUCAACUGCCUGCGUUACAUCCUCGGCACAGACCCACUCGAAGUGCUAUCCUCCAUAUCAGACCUGAUGCCUACAAACGACGGUAGCCCAUCCAAGGUCGACACAGGCACGACCGCGACGUUCGCCUUCCCGGGAGACGCGACAGGCACGGUAACGUGCCACAUGCGCGUGCCUUACAUGCUUGGGUUCAUCCCGCACUUCCCGACGAUACUUCUGACAGUGCACUGCGAGAACGGCGAACUAAAGAUGUUCAACUUUGUCAUGCCGAGUAUGUAUCACACUAUUGAAGUCAGCGCUGGGGACUGGAAGGGCAAUAAGAGUAUGAAGAAGCGCAUCGAGAAGGUGUACAAGCCGACCGAGCCGGGUGCUAAGGGCGAAGAAUGGUGGACGACGUACCGCUACCAGCUUGAGGCCUUCGUCGACAAGGUGAAGGGCCUCACGCCGGAAUACUGGUUACCUGCUGAAGACGCUAUAUCGAAUAUGACCUGGGUGGAGAAAGUAUAUGAGAAGACGGGUCUGGGAAGUCGACCGCAGUCGAACUUCAAGCUGCCUAUUCCAUAGAUAUUUUUACAAGAAGAGCUAGCCGAAGAUCCAGAUGACGGUAUAGGUCAUUCCCUUCGAGCAUGCCUCGUUUAGCUUCACACGUACACGUACGCUGCAUCCAUUCAAUAGCGCACCUCGUACUUUUACGAGCACUCUUUCGUUGGUGAUUUUUUCCAGCGGAUGAUUCUUCCAGAGCUAUUCACAAGCAGGCCGAGAAGCGAUGCAUAUUGUCCCACAACCACACACCCAUGGGAAGACUAAGUUAUGAAAUUCCAUUGGUGGGAGACGUUCUGUGUCAUACGCAAUAUUACAUAUAAAUGGGGUGUGAACCGACACAAACCACCGAUUGUCUAGUUGUUCAUGACUUUUGUCUUCGCCCAUGGCCUCACUUCGUGGUCUCGUGCAUAGAGUAUACAAGGUGAGCCACCCUUUUCACCCAAUGCGAACAGAGUCAACUGUGUGCACUGAUUACGCAGGCCGCCAACCCACCGCAGGUUGAGAAGAGUACCGAGGGCUCGCUGAUACGUUUCGGCAUACUGGGCGCAGCGAGAAUCGCCCCUCCGGCUCUUGUGUCGCCUGCCAAGAACCACUCAGAGGCCGUGGUGUAUGCUAUUGCAGCGCGGAGCCUUGAGAGGGCCCAAGCCUUUGCAGCGAAAUAUGAGAUUGAGAAGAUUUAUGGAGGUCUUACAGCGUAUCAAGGUAUCGACGAACCUGUGUGUUACUAAUGGCGUGCUAACUGUAGUGUAGAUUUACUUGACGACCCGAACGUGGAUGCAGUCUAUAACCCCGUGGGUUACCAAUGAUGGACUGGCAUUGUUUCGCUGUUCUGAGCGUUUACAUAGCUCCCCAACGGCCUUCAUUACGAAUGGACUAUGAAAGCGCUGCAAGCAGGCAAACAUGUCUUGCUGGAGAAACCCAGCUCUGACUCUGCAGACGAGACGCGGGAGAUGUUCGAGUACGCAGAGUCGAAGGGCCUUGUCCUAUUAGAGGCGUUUCAUUAUCGGCAGGUUAUAUCUGAAUUCAAGUCAGCUAUUGAUCAGCUUACGCCCAGCUCGUAGCUUCCAUCCUGCCAUUCAUCGUGUGAAGGCCAUACUGGAUAGCGGCGAGCUAGGGACGGUCAAGCACAUCGAGGUCAACCUGCAAAUCCCAAAGGGGAUCACGAAAGACGGCGACAUACGCUUCGACUACGCGCUCGGUGGCGGCUGCAUGAUGGAUAUGGGUUGUACGUCUUCCGCAUGCGACUCGCUGCGUCCUUCCCCUGCUAGCCACGUUCUCAUCUGCCGGUUCUAGGCUACGAUGUUAAUUGCCUACGCUACAUCAUGGGCACAGAUCCUGUCGAAGUGCUUUCCGCGAAGCCAGACUCGAUGCCCACGAAGGACGGCAGCCCGCCCAAAAUCGACGGGGGCAUGACCGCAAGUUUCGCCUUCCCCGGCGGUGCAACGGGAAGCACGAUCUGCCACAUGCGCACGCCCCCGAAAUUCGGUGUCAUCCCGCGAUUCCCAAAGGUGCAGCUCAGCGUCCGAUGCGAGCACGGCGAGCUCGAGAUGCUCAACUUUGUCAUGCCGGUGCUGUACCACUGGAUUGAGGUCAGCGUGAGAGAGGGAAAGGGUGGGAAGGGGAGGAAGAAGCGCGUUGAGAAAGUAUACAGACCCCUCGAGCCGAGUGUCAAAGGCGAAGAGUGGUGGACGACGUGCGUAUCUCGUCAGUUAGC